AUGCGUUAUUCAAUUGCUGCGGCUUCGCUGUUCUCGACUUCGGCUUUGGCUGUGCUGUAUCCUGGCCAGAGCAAUGUCAACCACACUUGCCAAUUGACCAACUCGGACGCCGUCCUGUCGUGCUCCAGUGCCGCCAACCCCAACACGGUCGAUUCAUGCUGUGCCGAGACAUACGGAGGCCUCUUCCUCUCGACCCAAUUCUGGUCUACAUACACUGGUCUCGAGUCCGAGGGCCAAUUGCUGCCUGCCGAUGACUGGACGCUGCAUGGCCUGUGGCCUGACUUCUGCAAUGGCUCGUACACCCAAUACUGCGAUCUGAACCGUCAAUACGACCCUACGCCAUCGCCCAACACUACCAACUCGCUGCCCAAUGGUACUGUCGUCCCGCCGUACAAGGGUCCCUCAAUUGACACCUUCCUCGAGCCCUUUGGCAAAUACGACCUCCUGGCAUGGAUGAAGAAAUAUUGGAUCAAUCAAGGUGCCCCCAACAGCGACUUCUGGGGCCAUGAAUUCAGCAAGCACGGCACCUGCUUCUCCACUUUCGACGUGCCUUGCUAUGGCCCCGAAUACGUUCAACACCAAGAGGUCGUACAGUUCUUCGAGACUGCCAUUCUCUACUACCGCCGCCUGCCAACUUACGGUUGGUUGAACGCAGCGGGCAUCAAGCCUAGCAACACUACUACCUACUCGAUUGGCCAGUUCCAGAAUGCGCUUACCAAAGGUUACGGUGCUCUGCCCUACAUCGGUUGCAGUGGCCCUCGCUACAACGAAACUGCUGCCGGUGCAGGCUCGACCGACAAUGGUAGAACCCAGAUUUCUGAGACUUGGUACUACUUCCAUGCUCUUGGUCAGCCUCAGAGAGGUGCUUGGCUCCCUACCAACGCCACUGGCUCGGUUACCAGCUGCGCAAAGGCCCCCAAUGCCCUUCGCUACCCUCUCCGCGCCAACGGCUCUACCUGGGGUGCUUGA